CAGAAGAAACAGACCUGCAACGUGUAUCAGCUGAGCUGGCUGAUAAGACAAUCCGUGAUUUUAGAAUAUUCAAGUAGACUACAAGGAUGGAGAAUGAUAUUCUCGUGUCUCUCGAAGAUUUGGGGUACCAAGGCCCUCUAUUGGAGGACGGAGCUUUGGAUUCUGCUUUGAGCGGAGGAGCAGCUUCACCUGAGUUCACUAAACUCUGUGCCUGGAUUGUGUCAGAGCUUCGACUCUACUGCAAACUAGAGGAGAAUGUCCAUGCAACUAAUUGUCCGAGAGAAGCGGAGAGCUUCCAGCUGGAGAUGAGUGGCCUGCUGUCAGAGCUCGUAUGUCCUUACUCCAUCCUCACCAGCGGAGAUAUCACCCAGAGGUUCCUCAGCAGGACCAACUGUCUACUGCUCCUCACUUUUCUGGUGUCUGAGUUGGAGGCUUCAAGGAUGAUCCUGGUUAACAAGCCUCAGAAGCAAACCCAGGAGUCCGGCAGUCCCGUGUUCCAGGAGCUGAAGGGUAUCUGCAUGGCACUGGGCAUGUCCAAGCCUCCAGCCAACAUCACCAUGUUCCAGUUCUUCAGCGGAAUAGAGAAGAAGCUGAAAGAAGCCAUAAGUCGCGUACCACCAAAUCACACAGGAGAACCUUUAUUGAAGAAGGCCCUUGGACCUGUGCACUUGGAAAAAAUUGAAGCUAUAAACCAAGCAUUAGUAAACGAGUAUGAAGUGAGACGGAAAAUGUUGUUGAAGCGUCUCGAUGUGACAGUUCAGUCAUUCGGUUGGUCUGACAGAGCAAAGACACAUUCUGAUAAGCUUAGCAAAGUUUACCAGCCACUGCGUUCUGCUCUCAGCACCAAAAGUAAAAUCUCUGUUGCCCACCUUUUGGCUGCUCGGCAAGACUUUUCGAAGAUUCUCCGCACAAGCAGUGGCAAGAUAAGAGAGAAGACCGCUUGUGCCAUUAAUAAGGUUCUAAUGGGUCGGGUUCCAGACAGGGGAGGCCGGCCAUGUGAGAUCGAGCCUCCACCCCCAGAGAUGCCCUCGUGGCAGAAGCGUCAGGAUGCUCCUCAAGCUGGAGGACACUAUGGUGGGGGUGGGUAUGGAGGUGGCAGGGGGGGCUACGAUCAUUACUCCCAAGGUGGCCGUGGAGGAUAUGAGAGAGGAGGUGGUGGAGGACAUGGAGACAGGGGAGGUAGAGGAGGUGGCAGAGGGGGGAAGGUACAGGGUGGCUGGGGCGAUGGAGGAGGGAGAGGUAGUUACAACCAGGGCCAUUAUCAGGAUGCAGGAGGUCAUCAGGGAGGAGGAGGGAGAGGAGGUUAUGGAGGAGGAGGAGGAAACCACCAAGGAGGUUUCCAGGACUCCAGCUACCACGGAGGAGGAGGUGGUUACCCUGAGAAUUAUCACCAAGAUGGAGGUUGGCACCAUGAGAGAGGCGGGGGCAGAGGGCGAGGAGGUAGGGGAAGAGGAGGCAGAGGAGGACAAGGAGGAGGCUGGGGAGGGAGAGGGGGUCAGAGUUUUAACCAAGGAGGACAGUUUGAACAGUUCUUCCAACAUGGUGGGCAGCACUACAACCAAGCUGGCUUUAAUCAAGGUAGACACUACACAAGUUGAAGACACUGUUUGGGGCAUCGCAGCAGAGUCCAGAUCGACGACUUCUCAUUCACAAACUAAUCUAAUUGCCUUAUCUAACUUUUAAUUUUCAGCAUGCUUGAAGUUAAUGAGAAUGUUUAAUAAAGAAAUCUGACAUACACAUAUACAGAUCCUGUAUACAUAUACUGUAGACUGUUAUGGAGUUCUAACAUCCUUUGGCACUUUCUUUUAGUGUCUCAUCAAUUUUCUUUGUCCCGUCAAUAUAGGUUUUCAGCUCUGCUACAAACGGUUAGUUGAUUACUUGGACUCUGCUGUUUUGACCUCAUCUUGAUGCAUAAUUUGCCUUAUAUUGGAAAUUUGGGACAAUUUUGGAAAAUGAAACAGUUCCUAAAGUUUCAGUGUUACUGCACCGACUGUAUUGGACAUCAAAAAUGCACAUUAUCAUUACAUGUGGGAUUCUUGAAAUUCUUAUAGUUUCGUUGAAUUUGAUGACUACUUGAAAACAAUUGAAUUUUACCAGUCUUAUUUUGUUUCACUUGAUCUGACUGGAAUCUCCUUUGUUACUUAUUUACAUGAUACCAUCUUGUACUGCUCGUAAAAGAUUGUGUGGAUGUUGAAAAGUUUGCCUGGAUGUGUGACUGAGCAAUAAAAGCCUAAAUGAGAA